AUGGCAUCCCAUGAUGAGAUCUGGGACGACUCUGGCCUAGUGAACUCAUGGAACGAGGCAUUGGCAGAGUACAAGCAUCACCUAGCUAACCACGGGUCACAACAGAAAUAUCACAGCAUACACGCCGAAGGAGCAGCACUUCCCGAGGGUGUCGCUGGUGAACUCGAAGAUCAGAGUGCCAAGCCUAGCGGUGCUGCAAAUCUCCAUCUGGAGGGGGAGGACGGCGCGGCACCCGCUGUUGAAGUGAAGGUUAUUAAAGAUCAAAGUCUAACCAAGAAACAGACUACACCCGUCAACACAAUUCAAAACGGACUGGAAACCCAACAAUCUGCUGCUGCUGAACCUACCGCAGCGAGCUUGCCUGGUCCCGGACCCCAACUGAUGUUGGGUUCGGUGCAGGAUGAAGAGCUCAAGAAGCUCUUGAUGUCAUGGUACUACGCAGGCUACUACACCGGUCUCUACGAAGGGAAACAAAAAGCUCUGCACGAGCAGGCACAGCACACUUCCGACGGCCUGUGUUCCAUCGUGAACAGCUCCAUGCCCAAGCCGGGCUUGCCAGGCUUUAACGAUACCGAUGGCUCUCUUUCGUGCUAUAAUGUCGAAGGCAAAGAGAAACACUCGUCUCGCGCGUUCUCGUUUGUUUUUUUUGUUUGCUGCUUGAUCAGAUCAGGGAGUGUUAGAAGAAGAUCGAGGAUCGAUACAGAGAACAAGACAUCGUAUCUACAUGUCAUAAGCAACCGAUGUUCUAUUCCCCUUGCAACGCAACUGAUAUAA